AUGACGAUGUCCAUGCCGAACAUUGGUUGGAACAGCCAGGUGAACUCUGCGAAGGCAUUUAGCGCCAGCGUUUCUGUCGAUCACCUGCAUGGAGAGUUCAUGAAGGUUCUGGAUACGGUCGAGGAGAUAAAAAUGGAGAAAGUAGAAGCAGCGGAGGAGGCCAAACGCUAUGCGCGGGAACGUCGCCUUCGCGAAGAGGAGCUGAGGCUGCAGGCUGAGCAGGGCGCACGAGAUUCACCCGAGAAGCAGGCCCUGUUGGGCUUGCCAGACGUUGCUCCAGGUGAUGGGGCCGCCAAGGUGAGGCCCCGCAAGAAGAAGGGACAGAAGAAGGAGGACGUUUUUCAGGACUUCGGGAAGGAGCAUGACGACGCCCCAAUCCAGGAAAUUAAGAAGAACGGCCUGGUCUUCUACCAUCUGAACUACAAGCGCUACUGGCAGCAGCUUUCCCAGAAUCCCAGACUGAAAAGUCAGAUCGAGAUUUGGAAAGAUGGGGUAAGGCUGUGGUGCCAUUAUGUGCAGUUUGAGAGGCGGGUCAUGGGUCAUUUGAACAUGGGUUUGGAUAUCCCUUGGAGGCCGCUAGUCUGGAAAGAUCUACAAGUAGUGCAAACUCUCGAUAACUGCGCAAGGAUGUUGCUCACUUGCUCAUGGCCAUUCAUCGCUCUGUUGGACCAUGUCCUUUGGCGAAUGGCCCACGGUGCAUGCCCUGACCUCGGGGGGAAUCUUUUCCGGCUUCUGGGCACAGUGUCAACGAUCCUUACAGGAGUCAGCUGCGGAGCACUGCUUGGAAAAGCCGGGCUGCAUUUGCUCAAACUUGCGGCAGCGGUCUACACGACGGAUGGGCUCUUGCAGCUUGCCAAGAUUCUCUUGCCUUCCUCUGUGGCGUACCCAGCCAGCUCUACAGGUGUCUUCACGCUUUUCCUGCAACUUCCCUUGGCAACUUUCAUCCUGUCCGAGAGCACGGUCAAGGAAAUUGGGCAAUUGUGCGGCCCAGCUCGUUUGGCGAUGCUGGCAGGAGCAGCAUGUCUUCGGCACGUGUCGACCCAGAUCGCGGAUCCCUCAUCGGGACCGGCCUUGGGUCUUCUAGCGAUGGCCUGCGUUCUUCUUGUUUUCGGAUUGACCCCGCAAAGCUUCUGGAGGACGAUGGCAAGGAUCUUGCGAAAGGCUUCCAAGGUGGCAAUUGCAGUGGGCUCCUCAGUCUAUGCGGUGGUGACCUGGCUGUUCCCAAAACUUCUGCAUGUCCUGCAGGCGGUGCUCCAGUUGCCUCCGCUGGUUUGGCUGUAUGAGGCGAUCGUGUUUCCGUUGUGGCAGAUCCUCAGCCCUCUGUUUUUGCCCGUCGCAACCGGUGGUAUUGCGUUUGCAAGCUUCCGGAGUUUGGGGACUCUCCUGAACCCAGACCCUGCGGCGGUGGACGCAGCACGGAUGCUGGGCCAAUUCUUCUGCGGCUGCUCAGCGGCUCUCUCUAGCUGCUGCCUGAUCCUGAACUAUGCGUACAGGAUCUGGCCGAGGCGUGAGCAGCCAGAUCCACUUCAGCACCCUUGGCUUCUAAAAGCGUUUAUGUAUCCAGCAGGCCUUGUCGCAGUGCCGGUUCGAGCAGUUCGCCUGCUAUGGCGUCUGUUUAUGAACCGAUUACUGCAGCCGGUCUUGGCUGUGUUUGUCAACUGCAUCGGGCACCUCCUGCAGUUUGCAGUCAAUUGUCCUAUUGUUUCGAUACCGGCCGUCAUCUGCUUCAACGUGGUCCUCAUUAGAUCAACAUCGACAUCCGGCACGAUCUUGCAUGUGCUGGCACAGAGCUCCCCAUUGGCGUCGAGCCUCCUCCGCAGCCUGGCAAAGCUCCAAGCUGUCGUGGCCGAAGGAGCCACCGACUCCAUCUUUGCUCUUGUGCUUAUCGGCGUCGUGCAGGCGACAUCCUUCUCCAUCAUUGAUGGCAUUCUCUCGGUGUUGCGCGUGAUACGCAGUCCGAGUACAGGGCAAGUGCUGAGUUUGGAGGAGCUCAACGAAGUUGCAGCCGCGAUGGACGAUCCUCGACAAUGUGGUCGAUGUGGCUUCGGUCCUGUGGACCACCGAGGUUGUUCAGACUUGUCCGCGCAUCAUGGCGAAGUCUCCAUACCUGGAGGGGCAGCCAUCCCUAAUCGUUGCCCCCGCUGUGGAUGGUUCGUCAGCGUGCUCUCAGAAUGGCCGGAGUGGGAUGGUGAGCUGCGGACUGAGCAUGGCCGAGCACUCUACCGGCAACGGGCCUGGUGUGAGAUCGUGGUCUGUGUGAGGGCUGCCUCGAAGGCUCUUGUUGUGCCCUACGCUAUGUUGCUGCUGGGAAAUCAGCUGGGUUCUCCAACUCUGACCGCCAUGCUGGUCCUGUCUUACCUUGUCCCCUGGGCCUACGAGAAUGCGAGUCUUUGCGAAUCUUUGACGGCAUCGCAAGUCUACGCUCAGCAUCCCGAACGUCGUCGCUCAUCGCAGAGGCAGGCUCCAAGCCCUGGUGCGGCUGAAUGUGGAGCUGCCCGACGCGCUCCGCAGCUUCCAGAUAUCAGCGAGGAAGAGGCCCUUCGCAACAUUCUUUCUGCGAUUCCGGUGUGCAUCUUCCUCAAGCAGGGGGAUGUUUGCAGCGUGUGCUUGGAGACCUUCCCUGCAGAAGCUGCUGAUACCGUGAUCAAGAGUGACACCACCGAGGCCGCAUGCAGAGCCUUGCGAGCCCUGCAGCCGCCCAUCCUGGCACUUCGUUGCGGGCACCCGCUACAUUUGGAGUGCGCCAUGGCAGCGGUCACAGCGUCCUCUGAACGCCACGUGCGCUGUCCUCUGUGCCAGGGCCGAGGGCUCUCAUUGCCCUGCCCAUCCCACAUGUUACAUACUUCGCUGUUGAAAGCACGCGACCUGCAAAAGCAGCUGACGCCGAAGGACCAUAAGAAGAAGAGGGUCAUGGCGGCACUGGCCCACAAACCGGGUGGCAUGUUCGGUCAAUUCUUCGGUGGGGACGACUCGCAGGCCGUAGACGACGUCGGAGAGCCCGUUGCUUCCCGAGGCGACGGCCAGGGCUGGGAUGAGGCCGGCUCGCCAUCAGCUGCGAGGAGCGACGCAGGAGACAUGCCGGACAGGCAAAGCAUCUCCGCCUGUAGCAGUCGAAUGGGCAUGUCAGCGGGCAAGCUCAUGUCCCAGAACUCGCAGACACUCGAGCUGCAGGAGCUUGGAGACUGCGACCUUCCGGAAGAUGACGGACC